GCAAGAUAAACUUUUCUUUAUACUUUUCUGGGUCAUUUACAAAGGACAGGACAAUCGCCAUGCCUCUUGUUUAUCCUGUGUCGAUAUCCACAACCGAAAUGCACACUGGUGGAGAACCUUUAAGGAUCAUAGAAAAAGGAUACCCAGAAAUCAAAGGUCGAACACUUCUGGACAAAAUUAACUAUCUCAAAAGUGACUUGGACGAGUACCGGAAAUUGUUAAUGUGGGAACCGCGGGGACACUAUGACAUGUAUGGAGCGCUGCUCGUGCCUUCGGAUAUAGAAACGUGUGAUUUUGCUUCAAUCUUUAUUCAUAACGAGGGAUACUCCACAAUGUGUGGGCAUGCUGUGAUUGCAAUAGGACGUUAUGCCAUAGAAAAGGGGCUCGUAAAAAACGUCACUGUUCCAGAGACUCAGAUAAAUAUUCAAUGUCCUUGUGGGCCGGUGGCUGCUUACGUCACAUAUGAUGGGCAGAACACCAGCGCCGUGAGGUUCCAAAGUGUGCCUUGCUUCGUCUUUAAACCAG